AUGCGAAUGAGCUGCGAGACGAGGCGAUCGUUGCCUCGAUGCCUUGUUCUAGCGCUGUGGGCGUGUUCUAGGAUCGUAGUGGCCAGAUUCUUGGAAUCGCUGGACCAAUCGCAGCAGGAAAUCCAGAUCAUCGGCAUCUGGAGUGGAAGCGGCCGUGCACCACUAGAGGCAAGAUUUGCAUCCCAUCGCAACAUCAAACCACGGAGUGGAAGAUGGAAAGAGGCCAUUUUUAACAAGAGUGUCAAGGAUGCGGUGGAAGAGGAGCAGCAAGAGAAAAGCCCGGCAAAUGUGGGCAAGUACGCAAGCCUCAUUAGAAGCUGCACGGCCACGCAAAAUCUAAGCGACGGGCGACGCCUCCACCAUCACAUAGCAUCGCACCCCAACUCCAAGUACAGAAAGGACCGAUUCCUGGGGAAUUUGCUCGUGAACAUGUACGGCAAGAGUGGCUGCGUCGACGAGGCUCGCGCGGUGUUUGACGCUAUUGCCCAUUCGAAUGUGUUCUCGUGGAACAUGAUUCUUGCAGCAUACGCCUUGAACGGGCAUUUGGACAAAGAAAAAUCCACGUUUGAAGAAAUGCCUGCGAAAGAUGCAGCCUCGUGGACGUGCAUGAUAGCUGCAUAUGGUCAGGUGCGCCAACUUUUUGAGGCUAGAGAAUUGUUUGAUUCUAUGCAAAAUCCCAGCGUGGUUCCUUGGAACGCUAUCAUCUCUGCAUAUGCCCAUGCAGGGCAUGCGUGGAAUAUGGAGCCUGGGAAUGCCGCUCCCUACGUGCUGCUCAACACUACGUAA